CUUCAUUAAAGUGAAAUAUAUUUGGCUACCCAGAAUUAUACACAGUAUAGCAGAAAUAUAGCAUGUACACAAAUAACAGUAAGAAAGUGCAGUCAACAUUGGUGUGAGAUUAUCUUUUGCCUAGCAUUUUUGUUUCUUGAUCCACAAAUUUCUUAAAUUAGCUGUUGCAUAUUUUUGUCAAAACCUAUGAUUGAAGUUCACAAGUCUGUUGAUCCUGGAGGAGCUUGUACCAAUGACUGAUGAAUGUCAGAACUGGCUGUAAAGUUUCUACUAGAUAAGAAGAGUAUCAAAAUAUAUUCAUUGCUUGGAAGACCAAUGAAUUGAUUAUAUUGACCAAGGCCUCCUUGUGUAAAAUCCAAAGAAGUGAGGCAACAAGAAAUGAUGAACUAUGUGUUCCUUGUUCCCAUUCUAAAGUAACUACACACUAACUAUAGAGUUUAGAAGUACUUGCUUUUACCAUUCCCUGUGAGGAAAAGAAUCAUUAAUACAAGUUUUUCUAUCAUGUUUUUGCUUUCAUUAUAUUUUCAGUCAAUGGUGAUGACAUGCAUGGAAAAGAGACUCUCGGUAAAUUUGUUCCUUUCCCACAGAAGAGUCAAUACUCUGCUGAUACCAGGUGGAAAAGAGACAGUGUUACUAAAGAUAAUCAUCUCAUCAAUGGAACUGUCGGUGAUUGUAUGCUCCUUGACCCUAAUAGCCAGAAACCAGCAGUCAAUGUGCAUUACUUGAUUUGGAAGAAAGGCAGCUUCUUAGGGAAGAUGAAAGGUCCAAAUGUAACGCCCUGCAAAACUGACAACAAAAGAUGUACAGUAUUAUUGCUAGUAAUGGCAGCUUGAGUUUGUGCCCAGCAUGGCUGGAGGAUAGUGGGCAGUACGUGGUAGAAGCUUAUACCAAGGAUGGAAUACAGGAAUACACUCACAGAUUUCAAGUAGUGCUUGCUCAACCCAAAUUAAGGAGUAAUCUCAUCAAUGGAACGCCUGGUAAUUGUGUGCUAUUUGAUCUGGACAGCAGAAAACCAGCAAUCCGCAUUAGUAAUGUAACUUGGAGAAAAGACCAUAUCUUAAUGGGGAAGAUGAAAGGUGGCAAUGUAACCGCCUGUGAAAUCUACAGCAAAAGAUGUCUUAUCUUUAUCAAUGGCAGCUUGAGUUUGUGUCCCAUGUGGCUGGAAGAUUCUGGGCAGUAUUUUGUAGAAGUAUUUACGGAUGAUGGAAAACAGCUGUACAAUCAAUCAAUUCAUCUGGUUCUUACUGACAUUGAAGGUCCAGCACAGCAUGAACUCUACACCGCUGCGGAAGGCCAGUGGCCUAUGAGUAGAAAUGAGGAAGAGACCACAGCAGCAGCAGCAGCUCCUUGUAUUACUAAGAACCCUACAUCUUUAAAUAUUUCCACUUUUCAAGUACAGGAGAGGCUGCUGGUGAGGAAUGGGGAGAAACCAUCAUGAGGAAUGGAAUGGAGUGUCACAUCUUGUUGGAAGGCGCAAUUUGUUCAGAACCUCAGUAAUCUAGGUAAUAAUAUGGUAGAUCACCAUGCCAACCCGAACAUGCAAUCUUGCCUGAUAUAAAGAUGCCAGACAGGGUCAAGGUCAGACUUCAUUAGUACUUGGAGGGGAGGAAUCCUGACUCAAACCCUGCAGAGGUGUUGCUACCAGCCACAACAGAUAAUGCUCUGCUGGAUGAAUGAUUCAGCAUAAGACCACUUUCUGUAUUCCUAUCUUCUGUUUGGUAUGAGUUAAAUAAUAUUUGGCAAAGACAUCUGGAUUAGUCUUUGAAUACAAAAAAGUAUCUGAGUAAAUACUUUUAAUUUCCUCUGUAAUGAAAACAAGCAGUAGCAUAGCUGAGGACUACCAUUUUCACAAGUGGUUGUUGCUUUGCUGACUGAUUAGACAGCUUGAGUCAUAUUAUGCAUUUUCUUUUUUUAACUAAGAAGUUGUUGACUUCGUAAGUUAGUUAUUUUUGCUAAAGUUGGAAAUAUAAUUCUGUAUUGCUGCCUUUUAUUGUCCUUUCUGUCUGAAGAACAGCUAA